UGAAUUUACCAUAUUUAUUGCGUGGGCUAACCACAGACCACAGUUUAAUACAGAAUCUACAUGUAGAUUGUAAGACUUGAGAAAAAGUUUUAUAUCUGCCACAGACACUGUCCCAGAAUGAGUCAGCCUCAUCACUUUGUAUUUAUUGAACUCGAGAGAGAAAUCCGUAGCAGCGUAACAGACAAUACGAAUCUUAUUGCGUUACUUGUUGAAAGGAAUGUGCUUCGAGAAAUUGACAGGAGCAAGUUUACUGGCAAAAAUGGAAUGAAAUGUCUGACAAAUUAUAUACGAAUCAAAGAUUUUGAGACAUGUGUGACUUUUACCCAGUGCAUACGUGACGUUGGUGUGAAAGACACCAAUGUGGAUGUGUCUAUAUUAGAAACAAUACGAGGAGCGAUUCGUACAUUUGAUGAGAGUCAUUGUACACACUUUGAAGAUCAAAUUCCACACCUCAAGGCGUCUCUAGUACAGGAUGUGAUUUUGGCCGAAAGUAAAAGCCCAGUUACAGUGUUGAAGGAUGACCUACAUCCAUCAUCAAGUACAACAUCAAGUACAAGUGCUCUCAAUGAAAUGGACGUCAUAAACCUUGUAAAUGGCCCAAUACAAAUUGAAGUUGGACCUGAAGGCGGUAAACUGUCUUCACCAAUUACUGACUUCGAGAUUGAUAUUCCUCCAGGAGCAGUAAAAGUCCAACUGACACUUAAAGCAGGAACGUGUGCAUGUGGCAAAUUCGAAUUGCCGAGCGAUGUGUAUCGAAUCAGUGAUUUUAUCUGUGUAACUGCCAAAGGAAACCUUACCUCUCCGGCUACAGUUCAUAUUGCCCACUGUUUAAGCAUGCCUGAAUAUAGAAACACCUCUGCAAUAGCUGUUUUUCACACCGAUAUGUCUCACUACAAUGAGGAUGGAGUGUUCGUCUUUUCGAUCAUUGAGGAUUUACCAGAAAUUUCAGCCAAAAAACCGUUCGUAUCCUUUAAAGUAACAGAGUUUUGCAUUUUCUGUGCAGUUUAUCGGCCAUCGUUUUAUAGAGGAGUUCAGAAGCAAACGUACUCAAGUAAACGCUCUGUCAAUAAGCAUACUCAUACUAAAACUCAGAAAGGAUUUCUACCACCAUACGUUAGACCACAUAUUCCAAAAUUAGACUAUGUAUUGCUUUUUUAUGAACAAAAUAACGAGAGGAAAACAUUGUAUCAAGUUUUAAUCUAUGCAUGUGUGAAUUGUCCUGGUGCAAUAGAGUUGUGCAAAAAGAGAAUGAAAGAGAAGCCUGGAUCAUGGAAAACACCUACCGUAUAUGCUCGAUCAGAGGCCGCUCUUGUAUAAAGGCCGCACUCAAAUAGUAGCCUCCCUUGCUAGCAAAAUGAAACAUUUAGUAGCCGCUCUCAAAUAGUAGCCUCAGUGAACUUUGACUCUAGCAUUUCUGCACGUGGCAGCCAAAAAAAUUAUUACUAGCAGCUAGCUACAUGUACGUAGCUACAAGUAGCAGCUUGUUAGUGCUUCACAAAGACUUUCUCAUGGCAGAGUUCAAGUUUAUGCAGGUGAAAACAACUUUUGAUGACAAACUAAAUUAUCUGGAGCUAAUAAACGCCUCUCUUGAAUUGUAGCCUCCUCUUCCAGCAAAAUGAAACAUUUAGUAGCCGCGGCUCCUGAUCAAGCAUAUACAAUUUUACUGCAUCAAAAAUAAUUUUUAUGUGUGAUCAAUUGAAAAAAGAAUCAGAAGAAUGGGAAGUCACUCCUAAAAAGCAAUAUAUUAACGAGUGUGAUAUCCAAAAAGCAACUGUAAAACAUUACGCUGGCAAAAAAGAGGACAGCAGGAUCGCAGAAGAAUACAUUACAGAUGAUCUAUACCCUCCGAGUAUGGUUAUGGACAUCCACCAAGUCUCACAACAUGCAUCCCAUCUUAAGGUUGAUUAAUAAUCAAAGAUGCAAGAGAUGGAAAUAAUAUUCUUCCAGAUACUUACGGAAUGUGUUUACAACCAGCUGCAGAAGCUCAUAUUUCAACUGUGUUAAUUAAGAAACCACUGUCAGCUGAGGAAGAAAAGUGUUUAGAACAAACCGUUACUACUCCAUCAUUAGCGAGGUUGUCACAAUACAUAAGGCAUUGGAAGCUUGUUGCCAGCGAACUCUCUUUGUCUACAAAUGACGUGGAGUGCCUUGAAUAUGAAAAUGAAAAUAUGAGGGAUCUUUCAGAACUGAAGUAUUAAAUUCUAAACACAUGGUAUAAACGUUCCAGCAAUAGACGUUACAAAGAUUUAGUGGAUGCUCUUAAGAAAUGUGAAGAGAAUGAAACUGUGAACUAUAUUUUUCAAAACAUCAAAAUGCUUAGCUCACACUAGCUAGUAUAUGUAAAUAUUACAUUCCUCAUAAUUUUAUUUUGUGACUAUGUCUCUGAUAUAAGGUGGAAGACGACUGAAGACCUCAGAUUGUUGUAA